AUGUUUGCUGCUCAACAGGAGCAACGGCAACAUCAGUGGCUCCAGAAGCGUUCAGACCAUGCAUACUUGACUAACGCUACGGCACCAUUCGCUGUUAAUGGCUCUGGGUUGCCUGAGACUGAUUUCGAUCUCGGCGAGAGUUAUUCCGGACCGAUGCCUAUAGGGAACAGCACGACCGACAGACUGUUCUUCUGGUUCGUGCCGACUGACAACCCUUCUGCUGAGGAUGAGAUCGUUAUUUGGCUUAACGGCGGUCCAGGCUGCUCAAGUCUGGAUGGCUUCUUCCACGAGAACGGACCUGUCAGUUGGGCCUCUGGCACAUAUCGUCCCGUCAGAAACACAUACUCGUGGUCUAACCUGAGUAACAUUGUGUGGAUUGACCAGCCAAUCUCGACCGGCUUCAGUACAGGCAAUGCUUCCGCGUCCAACGAGGAUACUGUAGCGUUACAGUUUCUUGGCUUCUGGCGCAAUUUUGUAGAUACCUUUGAGCUCAAGGGACGCAAGAUUUACAUCACUGGCGAAUCAUAUGCAGGCAUGUAUUCACCAUAUAUCGCUUCAGCGAUGAUUCAACAUAACGAUACUGAGUAUUACAACGUCAAUGGUCUCAUGGUCUACGAUCCAUCUAUUGGAUACGAUGGAGUAAUCUCACAAGCGCCUGCUCUCUCAUUUGUCAAUCAAAACCGCAACUUCUUCCCUUUGAACGAUACCGUCAAUGCUCAGAUCAAGAACAUAUCAGAGUCUUGCGGACUGAACAGUUUCAUGGAUACGGCGAUGACAUUCCCUCCCACAGGACCCCUUCCACCACCUCCAUCGACGUGCGACGGAGUUUACGACUAUGAAAAUUGCGACAUUUACGAUGCCCUCUUUACUGCCAUCUUCGAAACAAAUCCCUGUUUCAACAUCUACCAGCUUGGUCAACAGUGCCCUCUCCUCUGGGACUCUGUCGGCUUCCCCUUCUCGUACGAUGAGUUCUACCUUCCUGAUGGCUACUCGCAGCCCUACUUCAACCGCACAGAUGUCAAGAAAGCCAUCCACGCACCUUUGGAUAUAGACUGGCAGUUCUGUCUCCCUGGUUCGGAAAAUCCUUUUGUUGGUGGAGAAUCGGAUAACUCGCCUCCAUCUGGCCUCAAUGGUGGACCGCUGCAACAUGUCAUCGAGCACACUAAUAACGUUGUCAUCGGUCAUGGUACUCUCGACUUUGUCCUGUUCGCCAACGGUACACUUGCUACCCUGCAGAACCUAACUUGGAACGGUGUGCAAGGGUUCAGCGAAUACCCAUCGCAACCAUUGUACGUCCCUUACCAUAAUCAUCCUAUGGAGAGUAUGGCAGGUGCAGGAAUCUAUGGAUCCUGGACUUCGGAGCGUGGACUCACGUUUGUGUUGACAGAAUUGGCCGGACAUUUCUUGCCGCAAGGUGCACCAUCUGCUGCGUAUAGACAUCUUGAAUUCUUGCUCGGAAGGAUUGGUAACUUGUCUGAAUUGUCUCCAUUCACCACACAGCGAGAUUACGAACAACCCACAGAGGCUCUAGGCAAUGGCACUGCCUGGAAUUAG